GGCAGGGCGGGCGGGGGCGGAGCCAAGAUGGCGGCGGGCGCGCUCCGGCUGUGGCGGCGGCUCUGGCAGGGAUCAGCUUUUCCUGUCAGUUAUGCAAGCAGAAUUAUGCAAAAGCAGCAUUUUCUUCCGAGUUGCAACUUGAUGGGAGCACGACUGGCUGGAUCCCAUAGUGAAACACAGGAGCCUAAGACUAAUCCUUUGGUAUCUAUUUCAGAUGAGCCAGAAACACUGUACAAGAGGUUGUCCAUUUUGGUUAAGGGCCACGAUAAAGCUGUGUUGGACAGCUAUGAAUAUUUCGCAGUGCUUGCAGCUAAAGAACUUGGCAUCUCUGUUGAAAAAGUAGAUAAACCUCCAAAGACGAUAGAACGAUUUACACUUCUCAAGUCUGUACACAUUUACAAGAAGCACAGAGUUCAGUAUGAAAUGAGGACACAUUACAUGUGUUUAGAGUUAAAAUACUUAACAAGCAGUACCGCUGCAGUUUACUUGGAGUACGUGCAACGAAACUUACCUGAAGGGGUUGCCAUGGAAGUGAAAAAGACUAAGAUAGAGAAAAUACCAGAACACAUUCAGAAACCUGUUUGGGAUACACUACCUCAAGUAGAAGAAACUGAAGUCAAGUCAUGAACACACCAGGUACUUGGCUCCAUUAGUACUGAAAUUCAUUGCUCCUAUCAACCUCAUUUACUGAGACAGUCCAUUGUUAAAUAAAGGUUCUUGUAUAAAGAAAUUAUAUAAA